UGAUACUGUUGGUGCUACUGUUGCUGAUACUGUAACUGUUAGUGUAACUGUUAGUGUUAUUGUUAGAACUGUAACUUAAGUAAAUGAAAGAGUGACUCUAAACAGGCUGCAGCUUUGCAGCUUUAAAGUCCGGCAGCUUUAAAGUCCUGCAGCACGUUGGCCUACUUAUCCUGCUCAUUAAUGCUGCGUAAGCCCUCUGUUAAUGCUUUCACACACACAUACACACACACGUAGAGUGACAGGCUGGUCUCUGUUCUCUCUGAGAGACGCUGAGCGUUAAACUCCGACUGCUGCUGAGACAUGAAGACAUGAAGAAGACAUGAAGACACGAAGAAGACAUGAAGAGGACGUGACAAAAUGAACAUAUGAGUGAGAGCAGGAGGCCUGGACAGACAGAGGGGUGAGAGACACUGUCUGUAGAGCAACAGAAGAGAGAGAGAGGUGGAAGUGUGUCCGUGGAGCAGGUGGAGGAGGACGGAGGAAAAUGCUGAGAUCCUGCAGGUUGCUGCUGUGGCAGGUGGCGCUCAGAUUAUCCUACCAUGUUGUUACAGCCAGUCUGUGUCUGGGGGGGUCGGACAUCUUUGCGUCCAUCAGAGAGAACAGUCCAACGGGACAGUUCAUUGCCAACCUGAGCGUCAGUGGAGACCCCCGAGCCUCCGCCAUCCGCCUGUGUCUGACUGGAGAAAACUCCGAUUGGUUCUUCUUAGAGGGUCGAACCAUCCGCCUCAACUCCUCCAGCUCCAGAGUCCUGGAUCGAGAGGUUCACGGAUCAGUGCUGAUAGCAGAGCUGACGUGUUAUGAGGAUGAUGUCAUACAGAGUCAGUACAGGAUCCUGGUGGAGAUUCUGAAUGAGAACGACAACAAACCGAACUUCCUGGAGGAGACGAUUCAGCCAUUCACCAUCAAUGAGCUGACAGCAGUGAACUCUGUGGUUUUCACUGUGAAGGCCGUCGAUGCAGAUGGAGACAUGAUCACUUAUAUCAUCGAUCAAUCAUUGCCUGAUGCGUCAUUCUUUAGGAUCGAUCUACCCAACAGCGGGAACGUGGUUCUGGACAAACCUCUGGACUACGAGACCAGAACCCACCUGCAGCUGCUGAUCUGGGCCGAGGAAGCAAACUCUGUGGAGAAGUUCAACACGACCGCCACCCUGAUGGUGAACAUCGAGGACGGAGACGACCAGUACCCUCACUUCCUGCCUUGUACACCUGUCUCUCCAGGUGUUCCUGUCUGCACAAACCCCACCUACACUGCCAACAUCACAGAGACGCACCAGGAGGUGGUUCUGCAGUUUUCUCCUGGUCCAAUCAGAGCAGAGGAUGGAGACAGAGGACUCAACACUCCUCUGAUCUACACUAUCCUGUCAGGUGGUGAUCAGGGAAGGUUUGUGAUUGAUGACCAGACAGGUGAGAUCAGGUUAACCAGAGCUGUGGAUGACCGACAACAGACACCAAAUUUCAGACUCAGCAUCAUGGCAUCUCAGCUGGAUGAUCCGUUGAAGUACAGUGUGGCGUCGGUUCUGGUCAGAGUUCUCUCUGAGAAUGCGUUCCCUCCAUUCUUCAACAGAACCAUUUACAAAGGUUUCAUCAUCCAGAGCUCUAGCCCCGCCUCCAUCGUCUCCACCUAUGGGAACCAGGUGCUGCUGGUCCAGGUGUCUGACUGGGACUUCUCUGAUGGCCUGAAUCCAAACAUCCGCUACUCCCUUCAUCCUCCGUCAGUCAGUGAUGGACUGUACCACAUCACCCAGGGGGGUGUUCUGAUCGCCCGGACUGACCGACUUCACGCCUUCGACAGACACAUCCUAGAGGUUGUUGCCAGAGAUGAAGAAUCAGGAGAAGAAGUUUCUACUUCAGUGGACAUUGAAGUUCUUCAGAGGGGACAACCAGUUCCUCGUGGUGCGUUCACUGAGGAGCAGCUGUUCAGAGAUGUGGACAGCAGACUGGCGGGAGGGAUUGCUGCCAUGAUCGUGCUGCUGUUUCUCUCAGCUCUUCUGUUUCUUCUGCUUCGAAUCAUCAGGAGACGACGACAACGAGAACCUGAUGAACAAGGAACUGUGACCCUUGGAAAACCUCCCAGUGUGGUGAGCUCCAGUCGACCUGUGUUCUCCAUGGACGAGAUGUCCUACAACAGCAGAGCUUUCAGCCAUGAAUACGAGUCUUCACGCUCAGGAAGUUUCCACGGUAGACAGGGCAUCUACACCAGGAAACAGUCUCUUCGUCCUCCUCCAUCAUCAUCAUCAUCAUCAUCAACCAUCAUCCUUGACCCAGGAAGCACCUGCAGGUCUCGCAGUGAUCUGUUUCCUGUUUCAGAAAUACCAGAACUCCAGCCUGCAGUGAAGGGAGACAGGCCGACUGUUAAAGAAGAAACACACCGUUUAUCUGUUGUUAAAGAGGAACCAGGACGUCGACAGUCACUGCAGGGACAGACUGAAGGUGUGUCCACAGGUGUUCAAAGUGAUGACAUCAGAGCAGUAAAAUCAGAGACCCUUCACAGUGACGACGUGAAAACAAAUCAAACAGAAGAGAUGUCUCAGGAGUCAGAGAACCCCUACAGAACGAUGGUCUCUGUCAUCUGUCUCUCUGCAGACGAGUCCAGCUCAGAGGACGGACAGUAGAAAUAUCUCAACAGCCAAUCAGAAAACAGAGAUAUAGAAUCAGUAUCAAAUGAACGACAAACUGUCACAUCAAACAUGUCAACAUCUGAGGCUGACAUGAUUCACUCAACAUUUUCCUUACUGAUGAACAUCAAACCCUCAUCUAACCCCUUUAAUCUCACCAUCAUAACAGUGUGAAACCAGAACACACAGACAUCAACACAACCUGCAACAACCAGCAGAAACACCUCCUGUUUCUCCUACGAUGUGUUCAGGAUCAGCAUGUGUUUCUCCUACGAUGUGUUCAGGAUCAGCAUGUGUUUCUCCUACGAUGUGUUCAGGAUCAGAGUGUUUCUCCUACGAUGUGUUCAGGAUCAGAGUGUUUCUCCUACGAUGUGUUCAGGAUCAGAGUGUUUCUCCUACGAUGUGUUCAGGAUCAGCGUGUUUCUCCUACGAUGUGUUCAGGAUCAACCUGUGUUUCUCCUACGAUGUGUUCAGGAUCAGAGUGUUUCUCCUACGAUGUGUUCAGGAUCAGCGUGUUUCUCCUACGAUGUGUUCAGGAUCAGUGUUUUUCUGCGAUGUGUUCAGGAUCAGUGUCUGAGAAAAAAGACUUAUAACUUGAGAUCAUUGUUCAGAAUCAUCAAAUUUCUGAACAUUUUCAUCACAACAUGAUAUCAGUCAUAGUGAUGUCACUAUACAUAUUGAUCCUUGCUGGCUGAUACAGAACAAUUACUCAGCAAAUCCUUAGAAUGAUCAAAUCAAUGAAAAUCAAUACGUUUUGACAUCACCAAGACUGUAUUGUAUAUUUUUAGCUUUCUAGAGUAUGUGUCCACACAUGCUAAAUAAUGACAUUUGUGAAUAACUUGUCCUGUGUCACAGUUACUUCAUUGAUCAACAGAAGUGUUAUCAGAUCAUGAUAAAGAGUUUAGUGUUACAUCA